AUGCCGUUUAAAACAUGGUUGACAGAAACCCUCGGAAUCCAGGUCCCCAUCGUCCAAGGAGGAAUGAUGUGGGUUGGUCGUGCUGAGAUGACCUCUGCUGUUGCGAACGCCGGAGCUCUCGGGUUCCUGACAGCGCUCACCCAACCCUCACCAGAUGCCUUGCGGGCGGAGAUCCGUCGCUGUCGGAGUAUGACUGAUAAGCCGUUCGGUGUGAACAUAACCAUGCUUCCUGCCAUGAACGCUCCAGACUAUUUGGGCUACGCCAAGGCCGCUGUUGAAGAGGGUAUCAAAAUAAUUGAGACCGCGGGGAAUCCCGAGCCCAUCCUCAAGUACCUCAAGAGCAACGGGGUUACUGUCAUUCACAAAUGCGUGUCGCUUGGACAUGCAUUGAAGGCACAGGCCAAGGGCGUGGAUUGCAUCUCCAUUGAUGGUAUCGAAUGCGCUGGCCAUGGAGGUGAAUAUGACAUCACAUCAAUGAUCCUCCUAGGACGGUGCGCCCAGGAGCUGAAGAUCCCAUUUCUCGCAUCUGGCGGUUUCGCCGAUGGUAAGGGACUAGCAAUGGCCCUUAUCCUCGGAGCUCAAGGAAUCAACAUGGGCACCCGCUGGAUGUGCACUGUCGAGUCCCCAAUCCACCAAAACGUCAAAGAGGCAAUCGUCAAGAUGGAUGAGAACGACACUAUCCUCGUCCUUCGCAAGUUUCGUAACACGACGCGCUUGGCCAGAAAUGAGGUCACGUUGGAGGUGCACAAGAUUGAAAACAGCAAGCUGGAGCCUCAAUUCCAGGAAGUGGCCCACCUCAUGUCCGGUGCCCGAGGGAGGGGCGUAUAUGAAACCGGUGACAUUGACGCGGGUGUCUGGUCCGUUGGUCUUGCGGCCGGGCUGAUCAAGUCGAUUCCCACGUGUCAAGAGCUCUCACGAACCAUCGAGCGUGAGGCGGCUGAGGCUCUCUCAAAGGCCAAUAGUCUGUAUACAAACCGCCCUAGUCUUUGA